GAGGUGUUUAGACACAAAUUAACACAAAUAAUCCACAUCAAUAUAAAUAAGGUUAUGAACAUUUAACAAACAAUCAUUCUGUUGGUGAAUUUAAUAAGUGAUAAAUUCUAUAUGUCUGUGAAGGAGGCCACAGAGAGAGACUCCUCAGAAUAUCAGUUCACUCACGAGCGGAUCGCACGCGCUCCAAACUACUCCGAUCAUCAACGAACACAGAUGCUCUCUAGCGCCUCCUGUCUACCGGCAAAAUGAGCAGAAGUCAGUCACUGCUGCUGCUGUUCAUACACCUGCUGACGGCACAGGUGUGUCACUGUGACAAUGUGUUUAUCACAGCGAGGAUGUCAACAGAGCCGGUGACAGAUAUCCCAGCAUCCGGACAGGAUCUGGGAGUAUCACGUGAGCAAAUCCUCUCUGCUCAGUUUGAGUGUUACCUUAAAAUACUGCAGGACCCUUCACGUACUGAACCAGGACCGUACUGUAACCGCACAUGGGAUGGCUGGUUGUGUUGGGGAGACUCCGCCCCUGGCACUUCUGUACAGCUCUGCCCCUCUUACUACCAUGAUUUCGAUCCAUCAGAAAAAGUGACCAAAGUGUGUAACUCAGACGGCCACUGGUUCCGACAUCCAGAGAGCAACCGAUUGUGGUCCAAUUACACCCAGUGUUCAGCAUACACAGAGCAGAAGCGCAAGCUCACGUUUGUCAGUUUUUACCUUGCUGUGUUGGGCCACGUCCUAUCCAUCAUCUCACUCCUCAUCUCCAUGUGUAUCUUCUCCUAUUUCAAAUGUUUGAGCUGUCAGCGCAUCACUCUUCACAAAAACAUGUUCACUUCAUUCAUCCUCAAUUCAGUCGCCACCAUCGGAUGGCUUCACGUGGUCACUGGAAAACAGCAGCAGAAAACUCACUUUGCUCAGAUUGGUUGUAAGAUUCUGGCCAGUAUAAUCCAUUACACGUCCUGUUCCAAUUACUUCUGGAUGCUGUGUGAGGGAAUCUAUCUGCACACGCUCAUCAUCGUGGCUGUGUUUGUAGGAGAACAGCAGCUGGGCUGGUACUACCUCCUCGGGUGGGGCUUUCCAGUGAUUCCUGCUGUCGUACACGCUGUGGCACGUCUGCACUUCCACGAUGACAAUUGUUGGGUCAUUAACACAAACCUGCUGUACAUCACACACGGACCCAUUCAUGUGGCUCUGCUGGUCAAUCUCUUCUUUCUUCUCAACAUUGUGAGGGUGUUGAUCACUAAACUGCGGGUCACUCAUCGGACCGAGACCAACGUGUACAUGAAGGCUGUGAGAGCCACGAUCAUUCUGGUGCCCCUGCUGGGAGCUCAGUUCAUCCUGGUGCCCAUGCAGCCCAGUGGACGCGUCUCACUGGCCGUCUACGAGUUAUUCAUGAACAUCUUUACACAUUUUCAGGGGCUCCUGGUUGCUAUAAUGUUCUGCUUCUGUAAUGGAGAGGUGCAGACUGCUUUCAGACGGAGGUAUGCUCAGCACAGCUCUCAGUGGAGACGCAGACGUCUGGUGACGACCGAUUCUCACUGUAACUACCACACAAACUCCUCCAUCACUGAGAACAGCCGCGUCACCAUCGGUCUAGAACAGGAGAAUAUGCACGUGCUCAACGGACAGAGCAACGGCAGACGACGGUCACAAGGAGAACAUGACAGAAGCGUGGAGACGUCUGAAAUCUGAACGUUCGUCCAGCCGAAGAAGAUCUGUGUUAACCUUACUGACAUCUUACUGUUCUCACACAUGAUCUCACAUAUCUCGCAGCAUCACACACAAACAUUUACAAGCGUCUAGAUCAUGUCACAUGAUCACAGCUCCUCAUCUGAGAUGAUGUGAAGUUAUGCAGAUGUAUGCGAGUAAUCCGGAUCAUAAUGAUUUCAUGUAAACAGAACUGAUGUUUAUUCCAGGUGUUAAUGAUUCUAGAUGAACUGUAAACCUGUGUAGUUAUCUGUGCAUACGUCAUAUGUCACACUCCUUUAUUAGUGUGCAUUCUGUUUGUCUGCUCACAAACAUUAGUGUGCACAUUUAGCAGAGGCUUUUAUCCAAAGUGACUGACAGAGAAAUUAGGAAACAAUAGUGAGAUUCACACACUGAAAAUGUAGAAUAUUUAAGCAUGGCAUCAUUUUUUCAGGAUAAACUGAUCACAAAUGUCUCUUUAUACUGUAAAUAGAUCAUAUAUCAACUAGUUUUUUCCUCACGUGUCUUUUUUAAUGCAUGUAUAAAUACUGUAUGUUUUGUAAAUAUUGUAUUUUUAUCUGUUCAUGUGUUGAAGGCCAUAAGAGAGUCCGGUGAUUUCUGCUUUUUGUGACUGUUGGUAUAAAAUAAUAUAUAGAUGUAAUAAAUAUGAAAUGUGACACUCAAUGAAAGAAACCCCACUGGUUGAUUUACAUUGCAACAAAUAUCACAGAAUUAAAUGAUCUUCAAAAAUUAUAUAAAAAACGAGUUUUUUUUUUAAGUAUAGUUACAUUAAGCUGUUCCUACAAUAGAUAAACAGUGAUGCACAUGAUCAAUAUAUAUCAAUCGCAUAAAAUAAUUUAAUGGAAAAUUAUUAUUUUAAUUUUGGUUGCUUUUCAUUUUUUGUCGUCUCUUAGUUGAUGCAUGUGGAAUAGUUUUUGUUAUACAAUGGGAUGUUGAAUUGUACAUGCAGUUUUCUGACAAUAAAGCAUUACAAACAAUCA